AACGUCAUAACGUUCUACAGGAAGUGAACACGUGGGUUCACAGUCCACGCCUGUGUGAAGCCAUUUCAGCUUUUGGUAAUCGGAGUUUUAUUUGGGAUCUAGUUGUGUUGUUUAUGUUAACAAGUGAAGGAAACGUGACUUUCGACUACCUACGUCAACAUGGCAGUAAGAGCUUCUUUCGAGAAAAACAAUGAAAUCGGCUGCUUUGCUAAACUCACCAACACAUACUGUCUCGUAGCCAUAGGAGGCUCAGAAAACUUUUACAGUGUCUUUGAAGGGGAGCUGUCUGAAACCAUACCUGUUGUUCAUGCGUCCAUAGCCGGUUGUCGCAUCAUUGGAAGAAUGUGUGUAGGAAAUCGUCACGGUCUUUUGGUUCCUAACAACACGACGGAUCAGGAGCUGCAGCACAUCCGAAACUGCCUGCCAGACACAGUGCGCAUCCAGAGGGUGGAGGAGAGGCUGUCUGCCCUGGGCAACGUCAUCGCCUGUAACGACUACGUCGCACUCGUGCAUCCAGAUCUCGACAGGGAAACGGAAGAGAUUCUGGCAGACAGUCUGAAGGUGGAGGUGUUUCGUCAGACCAUUGCGGAGCAGGUGUUGGUGGGCAGCUACUGUGCGUUCAGUAACCAGGGCGGACUAGUGCAUCCCAAGACGUCAAUAGAGGACCAGGAUGAGCUCUCGUCUCUCCUCCAAGUACCGCUGGUGGCGGGCACAGUAAACCGUGGUAGCGAGGUGAUUGCGGCGGGCAUGGUGGUGAACGACUGGUGUGCCUUCUGCGGCCUGGACACCACCAGCACGGAGCUGUCCGUCAUCGAGAGCGUCUUCCGGCUGAGCGAGACGCAGCCCAGCGCCAUCGCCACCUCCAUGAGGGACUCGCUCAUCGACAGCCUGACAUAAAGUCUGAGUUGGGAGCCGCGUGGGAAGAACGCCAGGACAAAGGAGUGCAAAGCACCAACCAUUAUGCACAUCCAUAGUACGGCAAAAUGGUCGCCGCCGCCUCACCGCUAAAUAUUCAACCCGUCAGACAAUAACUUUGUCUUUGUAAAAGAAAAGAAAAAAAAUGCACAUUUUUGUCUGUGCAGUGUAAGUGUGUACGUAGCAAAGACUAUGAUGCCCUCCUGCAGUUGUAUUAUGGGUAAUAUGAACUACCUGCUGAUGGACAACAUUUGAUCUUGUGCUUUUCAGGCGCCUAUAGAUCGCAUACAUGUACUGUCAGGAAGAGAAUAGAUUGUUUUUACUGUCUGUGUUCCAUUGCUGAUUGCAGUGCAAUACAAGAAAAAGCCUUGUCUGAUUAUGAAUAAAUACAUUUAAAAUCUGA